AUGCCUCCGGUCAAUUCUCCCUCGGAUCGUUCACCUCCUUCCUCCCUGCAGCCGCCCGUCGCCGUCGCCGACGAUGCCCACAACGAUAACGUGAGCUUUCUCCGUUCUCGCGAUUCCCACUCCUCUCUCUCUCUCAGUCGUCAUCCACGCCACCUGCAACCCCUACCCACGAACUUGCAUCCUAUGGAUUCGGAUCCCUCCGCCCGGAGGCGAUCCUCCAUCGAGAUCAACCGUCGCAUCCCCAUUUUGCGCCGUCAGCGCGAUGCCUCCAACCAUUCUCGCAACGUCCCCAACUACGAGAGUCGGACGUCCAACCCACGGGCACUCUAUGGCUGGGCGCCUGCUUCCGCUUCCGCUUCCGACGAUGAUGAUGACGACGACGAUGGCGAUGAGGUGAUGACGAACGAGCCGCUGCAGGAUCCCAACUCCAUCACCUCUUGGUUUGGACGACUGUCCGAUCGCAGCGCCGCCUCUCGGCGUCACGCGCGCCGUGAAUACGUUGCUCGAAGCCCACACGGUUUGCCCGAUGAUCCAACAGAAAGCACUUCCUCCCAUCGCUGGAAUGACCCCACGACCGAGGCCCUCCUACAGUCGGUCCGACGGCAGCCGCGCUUUUCACGCACCCGCACCCUUCACAACUAUCUUCUCGACCGGGAACGAGCAGGCCUGGACACGGAGGACAGUAGAGACCGGUCAGGUGCCCCAUCCACGUCUCGUGCGUAUCGGUACCUCCCCAGUAGUAGUCGUGGUGAUCCGCAUCGACUCCUGACUCACAGCGACCUGCGCGCUCGCAUCAGCGCUCAUCGACAACUGCACAUGGAGAAUCCUCCGAGCCCCCGACUGAAGGAGACCAUCAAGUACCUCGAUCGUCUACGAUACUCGAGUUCCGUCGAAGAAAGUUUGACCUCCGCCGCCGCGGGGGGGUUUGGCCAGUGGGACUUUCUCCCCUGGGACCAUGAGGAUUUCAUCCUUGAUACGACUUCGAUCGCCCCACCGCCGGUCUGCUCGUGGCUGCGGCCCGGGAUGGUCUUCUCAGGGUCGCAGCGGGCUGCGACCAGUGCCAGCUCAAUUUUCGCCCAACGGGCCACGAGUCCCUCGUCAUCGUCACAAGAUCCCAUGAUCGUCAACGGCGAGAACCCCGGCCGCAUCAGCGUGUACACUACCAACGGUCGGCGAUACCUGGCCAACAGCAUCUACAACCUGGGAACGGGCAAGGACGAGAACUGGCCGGUGAAAGUUACCAUUCACAACAUCAACACACAGGAGAUGACCCUAUCGGGGACGAUGGAGGCGUACAACAUCCCGGACAAGUCGUCUCCGUCCCACGAUGCGCACAUCGUCACCUUCCUCGAAGGGGAGAUCAUCGACUUCAACACGCACACGCUAGAAACCAAGAACUUCAAAGCCGACGCCGAGAUAGACAGCACCUACUGGCGCGAGUUGCAGCCGUUCAAGACCCUCACGGACGAGGAGAUGACCAGGAACCUCGUGAGUCGGAAAUGGGUCACGGAGGAGCUCUCGCAGGGGUGGAUCUUAAUGCGAUGGAAAGAACGCUGUUUUAUUACCCCUACCGACUCCCGCCAAGGGCUGACCAUCUCCGGAUUCUACUACAUCUCCCUGCAUCGCGAGAGCGGCCAGAUCGAGGGUCUUUACUACGAUCCCGGCAGCUCCCCGUACCAGCAGUUAUCAUUAAAACCAGAGACCAAGAAGAUGGUCCGGCCGUCGUACAGUUUCCGCUAG